AUGAAUGGCUUAUGCAAAGUUGUUAGACGUGGUGAAGUAUAUGAAUGUCAUUUCACUUUGACAGAACGUGGAACUUUGGAAAUUGAUACAAUUGGAUUCGAAGUAGGAUUUAUCCAAUGUUCCAAAUUAAAUUCCUAUUUUUCACAAAAAAAUUGAAAUUUCAGAGCUGGGUAUUUAAUAUUCACACGGUACCACGCAGUAGAUGGCAAGUUGUGACACUUGAAGAGGGAGGUGGAAUGAUUAUUGAAAUUCCAUUCAGAAAUGAUCUUAUUGCUAUGUUUUUUGAAGAAAUCUAUCAAGCUAUGUAGGUUUUUUCUUUGAAAUAUUUUUAGAAUAACUUUGGGAUUUCAGGUUGUUUCUUGAGAGGGUCAAUUCGAUUUUGAUUCUAAGCCACAGAUACAAUAUACAUAGAAGGGAAUAA